AUGAAAAGCAGUCAGAGUAGGAGACUAACGCUAGCUAAGAGACUAUAUAGUGCCCGGGUAUCUUCACAAGAAGUGGCUAAUGUUGUCCUGGGUGCUCGAAAGCAUAAUGUGCAGCAAGAACAGAUUUUGAGCGUCAAAAACCUUACAGGUGGUGGAAAAAAGCCAGGAAGCCGAGGCUCUGAAAAGAAAGUUGAGGACAUAGCUAAGCAACUGUACAAACGGUACAAUCAUGGCUACUCAAGUGUUACAGCUUCACGUUUAGGCAACGCAAACUACUUUUUCAAUGCAGCUGAGGUCACAUAUGAAUGGAGCGCAGCUUCAUUUUGGGACAUACCGGGAGAAAAACUGAAAGCGCAACUUGAGCAGCAAACUUUGGAUCAGGAACAUAUUGGGAACUAUGGUAAUCAUCCGAAAGGUGAGGACUUACGAGCAAGGAAAUAUCCAGGAAAAACAGAUGGGAUUCCGUUUGAAUUAUUGAAUGGGUUACCGGAGGUAGCCUUUUUGGGACGUUGUAACGCUGGAAAGUCGACUCUUUUAAACAAUAUGACUACAGAAUUUUCGAAAGUACGACUCGAUGAGUAUGCUAGAACGUCAAAAAAGGCGGGUUUUACGAAAACUAUCAACUGCUUUAACGUUGGGAGACGAUUCCGUUUAAUCGAUACGCCAGGAUACGGCGUGAAAGGCACAUUUGAUCAAGGAGAACUGAUAAUGCGAUACCUGAGGGAAAGAAAAGAAUUGAAAAGAGUUUACCUGCUUAUUUCCGCAGAACAAGGUUUUACGGAAACCGAUUCUCAGAUAGUCCACUUUUUGACGAAAUUCGGAAUUCCAUACGAGCUCGUAUUCACUAAACUGGACAAGAUCAGUGAUGUGGCUGGACUUCACUCAAUUAUUGAAGACAGUAGGGUCUCGGAAUUGCCCACUAUGCCUCGUAUGCUGUUUCUCAACUCGAUCACCAAUUCAAGAUAUCCUAAAAGAUUGGGAAUAAGCAGCCUACGAGAUUCUAUAUUAGAAAGCUGUGGUUUGGAGCAGGCUAUUAAACCUCUGAAGGUCAAAAGUAAGGGCAAAUAG